AGCAGCAACACCCUCACCAGGUACAACUGACAACACAUCCUACAGACACGUACAUACAAGCUAUGAGUGCAGCAGACUACUACGGAGGCGGCAACAAUAACCACAGCGCACCUGCUCAGCCGCAAACGACGUAUCAGGCAGCAAGCGCACACCAACAACCUGGUCAAGACCAGCGCGGGAUGUUCUCCCACCAACAACAACAGCAGCCCAUGUACCCACCCCAGGGCUAUCCUCAGCAGGGAUAUCCACCUCAGGGAUACCCUCAGCAACAGCAGCCUGUGUAUGUCCAGCAGCAGCCUAUGAAACAAGGUGGUAUGGGUGCUGGAGCGGGAGCAGGCGCUGGCUGUUGUGCAGCUCUACUCUGUUGCUGCGCGGCUGAAGAAUGUGUCGAGUGUUGCUUGAUCUGCUAGACAAGACAGAUGGUAGGACGGAUUAGACAUUCUUUUAUACUCAAAGAUUCGUAUAUGUUACAAUGCAGGAGCCCAUCAUCAUGCAUGCACGAGCCCUACUCAUCCUCCAAU